AUGGUUUCCUACUCAACUGUCGGCGGUCCAAAUGGAAGCGGCUCAGAAUCUAGCCGUGGUUCAAGGAGGAAAUCAAGUCGAACAAUUAAAGAACAGAAUCUACCCCAUGGGCAAGCAUCUUGGAUUAGUAGCAAUGUCAAUCUUCUCAAUACUAUCGUCGGUGCCGGUACACUUGCUAUGCCUCUAGCAAUGUCACAUAUGGGAAUACUACUCGGGACAUUUGUUAUAGUAUGGUCUGGUAUGAUGGCAGCUUUUGGCUUAUAUCUACAAUCUCAAUGCGCUCGAUACCUCGACAGAGGGACGUCAUCUUUCUUCGCUUUAUCGCAGAUUACGUACCCAAACGCAGCGGUCCUUUUCGAUGCGGCUAUUGCUAUUAAGUGUUUCGGUGUUGGAGUUAGUUAUUUGAUCAUUAUCGGUGAUCUAAUGCCGGGAGUUGCUACUGGUUUUAGCCAGGGAGCAGAGUCCAUCCCAAUUCUUAUGGAUCGAAAAUUUUGGGUGACAAUAUUUAUGUUUGUUGUUAUUCCACUUUCAUAUUUAAGACGUCUUGACUCCUUGAAGUAUACCAGUAUCGUGGCUUUGGUCUCUAUUGGGUAUCUUGUAAUACUCGUGGUAUAUCACUUUAUCAAAGGAGAUACCAUGGCAGACCGAGGUCCAAUUAGAGUGGUUGAGUGGGGAGGAGUAGUCCCAACUUUACAGAGUUUCCCUGUCAUUGUCUUUGCUUAUACUUGUCAUCAAAAUAUGUUCUCUAUUCUCAAUGAGAUCAAAGAUAACUCGCACCGGCGAACAACAAGUGUCAUUGUGGCCAGUAUUGGAAGUGCUGCUUCGAUAUAUGUUUUAGUUGCUAUCACUGGUUAUCUAUCUUUUGGUAAUGCUGUGAAGGGAAACAUUGUCGGAAUGUAUAUACCAUCCACUGCUUCAACAAUCGCUAAAGCAGCAAUUGUCAUUCUUGUCAUGUUCUCCUACCCACUCCAAGUACACCCUUGUAGAGCAUCAGUCGAUGCAGUCUUGAAGUGGCGUCCAAACUCCUGGAAGAAACGCCAUUCACCAGCUGGGUCACCUACACGAUCAGCUCCUUUACUUUCCGGUGGCCAUGUUCGACCUACGGCAAAAAAUGAUACUAUGAGUGAAACGCGCUUCGCAGUUAUCACCACAUUUAUCAUUGCUCUCAGCUAUUUUACAGCAGUUACAGUAUCAUCGCUAGAUAAAGUCCUUGCAUAUGUUGGAAGCACAGGUAGUACGAGCAUUAGUUUCAUUUUACCAGGGCUGUUUUACUACAAGAUCUCUGCGCCAGAUUCGAUUCAUCAUCAACGAUUAACAAAGGAAGAUGACGAAGGAGAAUCUGAUGACGAUGUUGAGGAAGGUCAAGGUUUACUUGGCCAAUCUAUCAAAAGGAUUGUCCCUUGGAGGAAAACCAUCCUACGAAAACUUUCUUUAGCAUUAGCUAUUUAUGGUCGCAGGGGCACUGAGAUUGAAAGAUCGGGUUUACCUCCGAAGUUAUACUGCAUUUUGAAAUCACAAAUUGGCAAGGCGCCAGGCGUUUAUAUGGCAUUUUGA